UGAGGGGAGAAGUUCAAAACAGAGCUGGUUAACGUACCCCGUCCCGAAGCGAGCACCGAAGCUCCCCCUCCCUUCAGCCAUGCCGACCGAACGCACCCCUCUGAUCACCUCAGGUGUGUGUGGUCUGACAUUGACCACAUGCAGCGCCACGCCAGACUCCACCCAGGACCACAGCCCCGGAGAGCCGACCCAGAGCCCCCGAAGACUGAACACGUUCUUCGGGGUGAUGGUGCCGACCGUCCUCUCCAUGUUCAGCAUCGUGUUGUUUCUGAGAACAGGGUUCGUGGUCGGUCACGCAGGACUGCUGCAGGGUCUCCUAAUGAUUUUUGUAGCUUACACCAUCAUAUCACUCACGAUACUGUCCAUCUGUGCCAUCUCCACCAACGGUGCCAUACAGGGUGGAGGAGCCUACUAUAUGAUAAGUCGAUCCUUAGGGCCCGAGUUCGGAGGAAGCAUUGGUUUGAUGUUCUUCAUGGCCAAAGUGUUUGCGUGUGGAGAGUAUGUUCUGGGUCUUGUGGAGGCCAUAUUGAAUGUAUUUGGUGCAGAUGCUGAGUCCUUGGUGUCUGGCGGGGCGCGGGUGCUUCCUCAGGGUUACUGGUAUACGGUGCUGUACUCCACGGUGAUCCUCCUGCUGUGCCUCAUCGUGUGUCUGGUGGGCGCCCACAUUUACUCCCGUACCGCCUUUGCCAUCCUGCUGGUGGUCACCGUGUCGUUGCUGUCCAUCUUCAUCAGUUCUGUGGCAGUCAAACCUCAGGUGUUUGUCAUCGUUCACCAGGGACCCGGCAACCAAACCCUCCGCUACAACGCCAGCUACACGGGCUUCAGCGCCACCACGCUGAAGAACAACCUGGGCUCUGGGUAUUCUCUGGACUACAGCACCAACUCUGUCAUGUCUUUUGCCAGCGUGUUUGCUGUCAUGUUCACCAGCUGCACAGGCAUCAUGGCCGGAGCCAACAUGUCAGGGGAGCUGAAGACUCCGAGUGUUUCCAUCCCUAGAGGCACCAUCAUCGCUGUCUUUUACACCUUUGUGGUCUAUGUACUCCUCUUCAUCCUGGCCAGCGCUACGUGUGACAGGACAUUGUUGAUUCAAGACUAUGGAUUUUUUCAGCGAAUCAGCCUCUGGCCACCAUUGGUCACCGUAGGAAUAUACUGCGCAUCCUUGUCCGCUGCAAUGUGCGCCAUGAUCGGAGCUUCCCGCAUACUCCAUGCGCUUGCCGUGGAUCAUCUUUUUGGUUGGCCCUUGGCUCCAGCUGCCAUCACUUCAAACUCUGGGAACCCGUGGGUGGCAGUGCUGUACACCUGGGGCCUGGCACAGUGUGUGGUGUUUGCAGGGCAGCUCAACGCUGUGGCUGGUCUGGUGACUGUUUUCUACCUGCUUGCCUACGCUGCCGUUGAUCUGGCCUGUUUGGCUUUGGAGUGGGCAUCCGCACCAAAUUUCAGACCAACCUUCCAGCUCUUCUCCUGGCACACCUGCCUGCUGGGGAUUCUCAGCUGUCUGGUCAUGAUGUUCGUCAUUAACCCCGUGUAUUCAUCAGGCAGCAUCGUCCUGCUGUUGCUGCUGCUGCUUUUCCUCCACUACAGAUCACCCACAAGCAGCUGGGGCUACAUCAGCCAGGCUCUCAUUUUCCACCAGGUGCGGAAGUAUCUGCUAAUGUUGGACGUGAGGAAAGACCACGUGAAGUUCUGGAGGCCUCAGGUGUUGCUGAUGGUGGCCAACCCGCGCUCCUCCUGUCAGCUCAUCCUGUUCGUGAACCAGCUGAAGAAGGGGGGGCUGUAUGUGUUGGGUCACGUUCAGCUGGGAGAUCUGGACUCUCUGCCGUCAGACCCGGUCCAGACCAAGUACAACUUCUGGCUGAGCCUGGUUGAUAAACUUGGUGUGAAGGCCUUCGUAGACCUGACGCUCUCUCCUUCGGUCAGACAAGGAACUCAGCAUCUGCUGCGCAUCACAGGACUUGGUGGCAUGAAACCCAACAUGUUGAUUUUGGGUUUCUAUGACAACUGCGUUCCUGAUGACUUCUUCCUGCAAGACUCUGCCUUCUGUCAGUCUUCGGUCAAACAGGGCGGUGAGGAUGAGUAUAAUUUUGGGGUUGACCUGCCUUCGCUGCAAGCGUAUUUCCCCCCUGUCCGACACGUUGAAAGCCCGCGGUGGUUACAGCCCGAGGAGUACGUCGGCAUCAUUUCUGACGCCCUGAAGAUGAAUAAAAACGUCUGCCUCGGCCGAUACUUCUUCCAGCUGCAGGGGGAAAAUAAAGACAGCAAAACCGACGGGUCGGAGCGGAUUAUAGACGUCUGGCCUCUCAACCUGCUGCAGCCGGGCAGCUGCGACUAUCAGGACGUGUGCAGCCUCUUCCUGCUGCAGAUGGCCUGCGUGCUCAACAUGUCCAGCAAGUGGCGCCAUGCCAGAAUGAGGAUCUUCCUGAACGUGGAGACGGGCUCCGGCGAUCAGGGCUGGUUGGUCAACGAAGAGGCGUUCCGUGAACUGCUGAAGAAACUGAGGAUCAGGGCGUCCAUAAAAAUCGUGCCAUGGGACUCCACGGUGCAAUACUACACUGUGCCGGAGGGGGAGCGCUCUGCGGAGCCGGCGCCGCCUCUCUCCGAGGACUAUUUGUCAGCGGUGAACUCCAUGUUGAUGGAGCGCAGCUUUCAGGCUGCCGUUCGCUUCCUGUAUUUACCUCGGCCCCCUGCUGCCCGCAGUCAGUCGCAGCAGUACUUGUCUCAGCUGGAAGCGGUGACCAACGGUUUGGGGCCAACGCUGCUGAUUCAUGGGGUCACACCGGUCACUUACACAGAUCUCUGA